UUGAGUCCGCAUGUACCCUCAAGAAUUUCACUUCCCUUUCAGUUAUAAUAUACCUUAAUUGUCCGUGAUUUCAGUGCAAGUAUUGUGUUGGAACGUUGUGAACAGAUCUUACUUAAAUCUUAUUUUGACCAUAACGAGGGGAAGUCUUCAUCAUUUGGAAAACCAUUUUAACGAAAUACAUUCGAUAUUUUGAAUCAAUUUUCAAUCUAUAGGUUUAGUAAUAAAACACUUGGAUCAGGUUAGAACAAUACUGCAAAGCGGAAAAUUUAGUUACCAGAAAAAGGGUGUCCCCCGUUCUAUGUUUUCUAGUUAAAUGAAGAAUUUCGUUCACAAUAUGAAGGAGCAUCACAUUGAGGAUAUGCCAUCUGGCCCUUUGGACUUUUAUAGAAACCAGGCAACGUUCGACUGGAAAGCAAUGAAGAUGAUUUUCGAAGAAAACAAGCAAUGUCUGAACAUCAAAGUUGGUAUUUCUUUUCAAAUGAACUUAUGGAAGACAUUGAGUAUCGACCCAGUAUUUUCAAGAUCGAGACAAACUCCCACCACAGAGGAAUUCAAGAGAAUCGCCGCUAAAAGACUUCAUCACUAUAUGAAUUUGAAUUUUUUUCCGUCAAACAUUUCGAAUUUGCCAUACACGGAGAGGUUGAGACUCAUGAUGGCCGUAAAUGAAGCAUUUGGAAUCGCUUUUCCUGAUGUUUCUAUGAAACAUGCCAUAGGCGUUGGUCUAGUGAGGAAUGCUUUAGCUACAAUGGGAACAGAAAGACAUAAACAUUUCUUAGACGCGCUAUGGAGUUCAAAGGUUGUAGCCUGCUUUAUUCUCACUGAGGUAGCACAUGGAAGUAACACGAAACAAAUGAAAACAACAGCAACUUUCGACAAAAACACCCAAGAAUUUGUAAUUAACACUCCUGACUUUCUAGCUGCUAAGUGCUGGAGUGGUAAUUUGGGCAAAACUGCAACAUUGGGAAUUGUUUUUGCUCAACUCAUAGCGAAUGAUCAAAAUUAUGGACUUCAUGCAUUCGUUGUACCUUUAAGAGAUCCGAAAACCCUUCUUCCUUACCCGGGAUUAAUAAUAGGAGACAUGGGAGAGAAAAUUGGUCUUCAUGGCAUAGAUAAUGGGUUUGUUAUAUUCAAGAACUUCAGAAUACCAAAGGAGAAUCUUCUUAACCGAACCGGUGAUAUUACCCAUGAAGGUAUUUACGAAAGCAGUUUUUCUGAACCUGGGAAAAUUCUAGGGGCAGUUUUGGAAAACUUAUCUCUAGGUCGUCUAGGAAUCAUACAAGGAAGUGUUAACACUUUAAUAAAAGCAGUUACAAUUGCGGUAAGGUACGCGGCGGUUCGCCAGCAAUUUUCUGACAACGGAAAUGGUUAUGAAAAUGCAAUAAUUGAAUAUCCGUUGCACCAAUGGAGAUUGUUUCCCUAUGUAGCGGCAGCUUCAGUUUUUAAAAUUUUCAUCAAUUCGUUCACGAACGAUUAUUUGAAUGCUGUUGAAAAAACAAGCAACUCAGAAAGAUUAGAAGAAGUUAACAAUUUAGUAUCAGAAAUACAUUCAAUAGUCAGUGCUGCCAAAGCUUUAAUAACAUGGACAACCAGAGAUGCUAUACAAGAAUGUCGAGAAGCUUGUGGGGGACACGGCUAUCUAAAAGAUUCUGGACUUGGCGAUUUGAGGAGUGAUCAUGAUCCAACCGUUACUUAUGAAGGAGACAAUAAUGUCCUUCAACAACAAUCCUCCAAUUGGCUACUAAAGCAAUGGAACAAUAUAAUUAGCAACAAAAAAACCUGUUCUCCUUUGUCUUCUGCCGAGUUUUUCAAUAACUAUAUCGAGAUUCAAUGUAAUCAAUAUGGAACUAAAGAAAGCCUCAAAAACUUGAAAUGCAUAACGGAGUGUUAUGAAUGGCUUAUUACUUAUUUGGUAGACGACAUCUCGAACGAAAUGGAGAUCCUUGAUCGACAAGGGCAUUCCAGAUUUGCAGCCAGAAACUAUGUCCAGGUCUAUCGCAGUAGGGUUAUGUCGAGAGCAUAUGCAGAAUUGAACGUCAUGAGAUGUUUCGAAAAAAGAAUUCAAUUCAUUCAGCAUGACCUACGUGAUGUCCUGAACAAAUUAGGUGUCCUAUAUGGUUUGCUCAAUCUAGAACAACAUAUCGCUUAUUUUUACCUGGGUGGAUUUUGCGAAGGACCUAGCAUGACACGUGAUUUGAAGAAUGGAAUCCUCGAUCUCUGUCAAGAAUUGAAACCGAAUAUUUUAGCGAUGGUGGAUGCUUUAGCUCCCCCCGAUUUUGUUAUUAAUUCCAUUUUGGGAUAUGCCGACGGUCAAUUAUAUAAACAUCUUCAAGAGAGUUUCUUCAACUUUGAUCAGUGCUUAGAUAGGCCAGAUUGGUGGAAAGAAGUCAUAAUAGAAGGUGCUCCGGAUUUCACUCAACGGAAAAGUAAAUUGUAACAUUCUACGUUUCGAAAGACGAUUAAAUUCCAAAGUUUAAUGUAUAAUAUUGUGUUAUUUUAGACAUGUAAUAACAUUGUUUUCUGUUAUUUGAAAAUUUUGAAUAAAAUUUCCGAUGGCUCAUAAUUGUGUUUCAU